CUACAAACAUGUUUUAUACAGACCUUCUUCCACAGCCAUCUUGUGCGGACAGUCCCUUCGGGUCCCCACCUUCUUCGGGCCACGGCCUACGUACCACGAAAACGAGACGCCCACCGUGCCUCUGGGGGGUGAACAAGACCCAGAAAUCGUUCCCGGCUCGGCUUCGCACCUGCGGGGGGAGCACAAUCCCCUCUGCGAAUCUCAUCCUGCCACACCCAAGGCGCACGUUGAGUGCGUGGGAACCAAGACUGUGCGCAGGCUCCGAGAGGAAACCUGGGGUUCCGAAUAUUCCGAAUCAGAACAUGCCCAUCUCGACAUCUGCACCACUCCGCGCCACAUCAUUGUUUAUUGUUUAUCUUUCUUUUUUUUUUUUUUUCCCUUUCGUCGUCGUUUGCCUGGAUUUUCUCAUGGAACCCCACACUUCCGCUAUGCUCGCCUUCUUUCACCCUCUUAUAUUUUGCUCCCGGAUGACCGUUGUGGCCAUGGUCAGAACCCGGACUGCUACCGCCUCAAUGGACACUAUUCAAGGGAAACCACAUGUCUCUGAUACCAUAUUCUCAUGUGCAUAUUCCCAAAAGAACGCCUCUACUCCUAUAUCCUCUGAACAGGCAUUCAUUUCAGUCUCAUUGAAGAUUGCUCUUCGCUUUGCAGAAAAGGUCCCUGUAUCCAACCACUUUCAGCCCCCAGAGAGAUGGAUAGGAAGGAAGCGCAACCCUAACCAAAAACCCCUGCACUCUUGCUUUGAGACCUCGCAUCCCACUUGGCGAGACCAACCACCAUGCCUGAACCAAGUUUUUCUUUUUCUUUCUCGUGGGCCCUCUCCGCCUUAUCGUCGUUGA